UUGCAGCAAAGAGAUUGACAAAAGCUUCCCCUUCAAGGCCAGCGGGAAUGAAACUGCUUAAUAGAUCACAAGAAGCAGGAAGAAGAGCAUUUUGUUGCUCCAGCUGAUACCUGAACUUGGCAAGAGAACGACUACCUAUAUGUUUAAGUAUGAUAGUGUUCAUGGUCAAUGGAAAAAAAAUGAGCUUAAGGUUCAGGAUUCUAAGACCCUUCUCUUUGGUGACAAACCCGUCGCAGUCUUUGGUAUGAGGAACCCAGAGGAGAUCCCAUGGGGUGAAGCUGGAGCUGAAUAUGUUGUUGAGUCCACUGGAGUUUUUACUGAUAAGGACAAAGUUGCUGCCCAUUUGAAGGGUGGUGCAAAGGAGGUUGUCAUUUCUGCUCCAAGAAAGGAUGCUCCCAUGUUUGUUAUGGGUGUCAAUGAGAAGGACUACAAGCUAGAUAUUGAUAUUGUUUCCAAUGCUAUCAACAAACCAUUAACAUUAUCAAUAUCUAGCAUUGGAAACAUUAUUAUACCUGUACGGAGGCGAAAUAUCCUCUGCUUUCCGUACUCCUUGUACUCCAAGUUUCUCUUGGCGGCGUCUACCUGGUAA